AUGACUACUUUUGCUGACAACUUUUGGGGUCCCAAGAAUAAUGGAUACUUUACAUUAUAUCACAACAUGAAGCAUGGUCAUACAUCUACAAAAGAACUCAUUGACUUCUUGCGGGAAAGCUGCACAGUUGCUGAAAAUUACAGUAAAUUGCUGACAAAGCUAGGAAAAUUAGCUGGCAACACUCCUCAAGUUGGGACAUUUGGACCAUUCUGGAAUGUAAUUAAGACAUUUAUUGAGAAACUGUCCAGCUUACAGAUGCAGCUUGUGCAUACCUGGGCUGACUUGAUCAAGGAUAUGGUCCGCUACAAUGAGGAGCAGCACAAGCGUCACAAAACGAUGAAAGAAAAUGAACAAGGCACUCUUGAUGCUGUUCAGACAAUUCAACAAACCACAACAGCUGUAUCCAAG